CCGCCGCCUCCGACGCCGCCGCCGCCCUCCAUGUCGCGAGCCUUCCAGCAGCGCACCGACUCCGUGCGGCUGCUCGACCGCUUCGAGGGCUUCUUCUACAGGCUGGCAGUAACAGUUGCCAAACGGCCAGUGCACUUCGUCGUGGGAACCCUGUUGUUCACGGUGCUCUCGGCGACUGGUCUGUUUUUCUGGAACGAAGAAGUCGACAACGUGAAGUUGUUUCUUAACCCAUCCAUGGACCUGUACAAACGCUCGCGCUGGGUAGACGAGCACUUCAAAGACCAACUCCGCUACGAGAUCAUCAUAGUUGAAUCGGACAACGUGCUCCGGCCAGAUGUCCUCCAGUGGAUUGCAGACCUACAGACAUCAGUAAAGGAGAAAAAUGUGUCUGGGAUUGUGCUGUACGAUGUGUGUGCUCGGUAUAAUACGUGGUUUGAAGGAACAGAGGGUAUUGACUUGAGUGCCUUUUCUGACUUUAUAGACAUUGACAGUAUACCAAUACCUAAUGAAUGUUUGUAUCAGAGCAUACUCAAAUUGUGGACUGUUAAUGGAAUUGUCAAAGAAAAUCUGGUAAAUGAGACUCAGGAAAUGAUUAAUAAAAAAGUUUCCACUGCAUUAAUGGCCAGUUCUGAUGUGAGUAUACUGGAUGACAUCACUUCUCUCUUAGCUGGAGUGGAGUGGAAUCUUAACAAGACUGAAGUAUUGGGAGCCAGAGCAACUAUCAUCAUUUGGAUGCUUGACAAGUCUCAUAGCUCCUCUGCUGAAUGGGAAUUGGGAUUUAUUGAAGAAGCACUAUUCUCAAACAGGACACUUCCUCCUCGUACAAAUAUCUAUGCAAUUUCAACACGAAGCUAUGAUGACUUCAUCCGUGAAGUUGUAGAGAACAACACAACACUGCUGUUUGCUGGAUUUUCACUCAUUAUACUAUAUGUUAUUCUGAUGAUGAGCAAGUACCACCCCAUUGAACAGAGGGUCUAUUUGUCACUGUUGGGAGUCUCCAUUAUUGGGCAAUCAAUUCUUGCUUCCUAUGGCCUGUGUUUUUACAUGGGCUUCUUCUGGGGGCCCCUACAUCCAGUUUUGCCAUUUCUGCUCCUUGGUAUUGGAGUUGACAAUAUUUUUGUAAUUAUGCAGAGUCUUGAUAAUGUCAACGAGGGAAGAAAAGACAUGAAUGUUCGAGAAAAAAUAGGUCUGACCUUGAAAAAAUGUGGAAUUUCUGUUACUGUAACUAUCCUAACAGAUGUAAUAGCAUUUGCUGUUGGAACAUCAACUAAAAUGCCUUUCCUGAGGUCAUUCUGUGUUUUUGCUGCUGUUGGUAUAGCAUGUGUAUAUGUUUAUGUAAUGAUAUUUUUUGUAAGUUGUUUAUCUAUUGAUGAAAGAAGAGUUAUGGCAAGACGAGAAGGAUGCUUCUUUAGAAAACACGAUGAAAAUAAAAAUGUCAACUGUAGAAGAGAUAGCAUUCAACAAAGAAUAUUUGCUAAUUAUUUUGCACCAUUCUUGGUUAAAUGGCCAGUGAAGGUUGUUGUUCUACUUACAACUGUUGUACUGCUUGGUAUUAAUAUUGUGGGAGUCCUACAUGUGGAGAGAAAGUUUGAUCCCAUGUGGUAUCUGAAUCAGGGCUCUUAUCCAAUAAAAUUCAAUGAAAAAUUAGUUGAGUAUUUUCCCUUCUAUGGAAAGAGGGGAGGCAUAUACAUGCGUGGAAUAGAUUACUACUAUAACUAUUAUCAGGCAAACAAUAAUGCUCUUGAAUUUCUUAUAUCAAAGCUGGCAGAAAAUCCUUACAUUAGCCAGGGAUCACAAAAAAUAUGGUUUAAGGACUUCCAAAACUAUCUUGAAAGCCAAGAAUAUGAUGCUGAGGAUUCAAUUGAAUAUAACAAUUAUCUAACUGAAUUUCUGCUGCUAACCAAUAAUGGACAAAGUUUCAUUAAGGAUCUCAAAUUUGAUGGUUUUCCCCUUGAAGGUUACAACAUCACAGCAUCGCAAAUACCCUUUCAAUACAUCAUGCUGAACAGUACUGCAGAACAAAUAAAAGCCAUGCAAUCAAUUGAAGAGCUGGUUGCUUCACUGAAUAUCACUGAGGAAGAAGAAACAAUAUUCACAUAUUCUGCCGAUUAUGUUUCAUGGACAGCAAACAAGAUUGUCGGCGAGGAGCUGUUUCGGAAUUUGGCAAUCACAUGUGCUGCUGUCUUUGCUGUAACACUGUGCUUGAUUAAGGGCCCAAGAGCUGUGGUAUUGGUCAAUUUAUGUGUGAUACUUACUGUAACUGACCUCAUUGGGUCAAUGUACUGGUCAGGACUAACAAUUGAAAUUUCUUCAUCUCUGAUGAUUCUCUUGUGUGCAGGAUUGACAGUUGAUUAUGCUGCCCAUGUUGGACAUGAAUAUGUACAUGCUAAGGGAACAAGAAAUGAAAGGGCUGUAGAGUGUAUUAGACGUAUUGGACCAGCAGUUUUCAAUGGUGGAUUCAGUACAUUCCUUGCAUUUUCAUUGCUGGGAAUUAGUGACUCUUACCUCUUCACAACAUUUUUUAAGUUGUUUGCUGGUGUUGUUGCAUAUGGAUUGUUUCAUGGCCUGAUUUUCCUGCCUGUUAUUCUGAGUAUUUGUGGUCCACAAGACAAAAAAAGUACCAAGCUACAGGCAGAUGCAACAAAUGGAAUUAAUCGUUUCGCAAAACUUCUGACUGCAGAUAAAAGUGCAGUUGAUUCUACAUUUGUUGACUUAAUACAGAAGUAACUGUGCAAAAGUGAUUCUACAUUUUGGACAUAAUAUAGAUGUAACUUCCCAAAAAGUGUAGUGCUUUCAAGUACUACAUUCCAGAAGAUUUGAGUACAAAUGUGGGAGUAACACAUAGUCAGUGUGUGUUUAUAUAUCUCCCAGAUCUUGCUCCUCAAGUGUGAACUGUGCACUGGGUUUAACUGGUGUUAUAAAAUUUUACUUAGGCAUGUGCAAAGCAGGUUUGAUCAUCAUCUGCUGUUUUUAUAUAAGUGAAUGAAAGAUUGUUAUGCCAUGUGAGUAGUCAAUCAU